AUGCGCUGGGUCGUGCUCUUCCUCUCGCUGCUACAAGUGGCGUAUGGCCUCAAGCAAGACUGGGUCUUCGGCGACGAGACGCGCCGCCAGUUCCUCAUCGAGCGCUUCGCCUUUGACGCCGACGGCCAGCUCGAGGCCGAGCUCCACGUCGCCCCGGCCUCGCAGCUGGCACGGACCAGCAUCCUCUUUGUUCAUGAAGACGAUCUCAUGGAGGACGCCGCCGCCUACUUUCAGCGACCGUACGAUGCGGUCGUGUGCAUCUUGGACGCACAGCCCGCGACCACGCGCAUGGAUUUUGACGACGAAAAGACGUGGCACAUUGCGCACCCGAUCGAGCGUGCAGGCUUUUACUACGUGCUGUUCGCCCACUGCGGCGCGCAAGACACGGAAGUCUCGUUCUCGAUGCGCGCCGUGUUCAAAAACCCGGACGGCAACUACCUCUCGGCCGGCGACGCGCCCGUGCCGCUCAUCUACCUUCUUACGAGCAUCGUCUUUCUCACUGCGGGUUUGCACUGGGCGCGCGUGCUGCACGCCAACGUCGCCCACAUCCACCAUAUUCACUACAUGAUGGCGGUCCUCGUCAGCGUCAAGACACUGUCGCUCUUUGCCGAGUCGAUGCGCUUCUACUACAUGAAGGCGCACGGCGACACGAUGACGUCCUGGAACGAGAUCUACUAUGUCUUUAUGUUCCUCAAGGGCAUCAUGCUCUUCGUCGUCAUCCUCCUCAUUGGCACGGGCUGGUCGCUCCUCAAGCCGCACUUGAACCCGUCCGAGAAGCAGAUCAUCUUUGUCGUCCUCCUCCUCCAGGUGCUCAACAACAUUGCAGUCGUUGUGCUCCAGGAAAGCUCGAUUGGGACACAAGCCUGGUAUUACCGCGAUGUGAUGCACCUCGUGGACAUUGUGUGCUGCUGCGCGAUCCUCUUUCCUAUCGUGUCGAGCAUUCGCCAUUUGCGCCAAACAGCCGAGACGGACGGCAAAGCCCACAUCAACUUGCAAAAGCUGACGCAAUUCCGCAGCUUUUACAUUGCCGUGGUUGCGUACGUAUACUUUACGCGGAUCGCCCUGUACCUGCUUGCGGCGUCCCUUCCCUUCAACGCCACGUGGAUCUCGGUGCUCGUCGGUGAACUCGCGGCGCUUGCAUUUUAUGCUGUCACGGGGUGGAAGUUUCAACCGCAGUCGCAGAACCCGUAUUUGGCGCUUCAGACCACCGUCCCGCUGGAUGAAUUUGGCCUGGACGACGACGACGAUGACUUUGGCUUUGGCCCGGCCAAAGCCUAGUGUCAGUGCUGCCCUUAGAACCACAUAGCAUUCUCAAUGAAUCUGU